AGCCGCAGCAUCGGGUGUUGAAAACGGCAGCACUUUAACUGAAGUCGAAAUCACUCAGUACAGUUUGCCAGAAAAUGACCGAAGAUUCUCACUUAAACAACACUUCUUUAAUGGAUGAAAGGUGGGACUUUGAAAGUGAAGACAGUGACGAUGAUGUUGUUGUGACUAUAGCUCCUCGAAGAAACGAAUGUGCAGUUUGUGGAGAUCGUGCAGUAUCAAAUCAUUACGGAGCUUACAUCUGCGUUUCUUGUGCGGAGUUUUUUGAGAGACACGUAAGACUAGAAAAAGAAAUAAUUAGUUGCGCAACUGGGGGUGGAAACUGUUCGACAAACAGAACGGUAAAUAUUAACACGUGCUACUUCUGCCGCUUCAACAAGUGUCACGACGUCAAUCUCAUGUACGAACUAAUCACAAGUUCGCCAUACUUUGUAUUACCGUCACAUCGAAUACAAGACGAACAGGUCUUUUAUAACUAUGCCAGAACAUUUACUAAAUGUUUGAAAUAUAUGGAACAAUACUACUACAAGUGGUUAAAUUCUUUUCCAUCUUUUCGCCGGUUAAGUGAAGAAAGAAAGAAAGAAAUAAGGUUGAAUACACACGAAAGAGGAGCUGUCAUGCAACUAGUAGAGAGAUCUCUUAACGUUCAUCAAAUGCUUAGAUUGCACAAUUGUUUUCUUUAUAUUGGUUUGCAAUCACUUUCAAAUUUUAUACUUAUAAUAAAGGACAUACAGGAGCUAAGAGAUCACGUAUACUAUAUAAUAUAUUAUCCAAAUCAUUUAAGUAUAGAGGAAACGUGUAACGUUUUAAAACUUGAUCUGAUACUGCAAAAUGAUGUGUCGAUUACUGAUACAGAUUUGCUGCAAAAUAACCAUCAUGGAUUCCUAGAAUCAGUUGAUGGAUUGCUAGAAUCCAUUAUACAAGGAUUACAGCAGUUCAUGACAGACAUGCACGAAGAAUUCGAAACUGACGAAAAUUUUGAACAGAUUGAAUCAUUAAGUUUAUUUGACGACUACCCAGACAUUCCCGAACAUGAUUAUCCUUACGAUCAAAUUCAAUUUCUGCCUUGAACUGUGAGGUGUUAAAUCUCGUAAUAACAUAAAAUACAAUGGACAAUACGAAUUUCAAUACGUAGUGUAAUGGAUGCUCUGCAUUGAAAUCCUGGUGUAAACUGACUUUUGUUUUUAAACAGACAUUUUAUCACAAUUUUAAAUGUAAAGUUGUAUUUAACUAUUUUUAUUGGAGCAAAUAAAUAUUUCUAUUGUCUGAAAAACUUG